GCUGGCGGGAUGAAGUUCCUGCCCAAGCUGGAACGCAGGCUCUGUCGCCUCAAAAAGAAGAUGUCCAGGUCGCCGCUGAUGCGUAAAUUGGAUUUGAUACACGAGAGUGCCCGGAAAAAAGCCUUCCAGGAUAGUUGUGAUGCCUACAAGACCCAAAUCGAAAUGGAGUAUGUAGUGCGCAAUCAGCCGACCAAACCCUCCCGCAGUAACAAGGAAGUGUUUCUCAGUGAUGGCAGCUUCCAUCAGGCUGUGGGCAGAGUCCUCCUCAUCGCCGAGUUCUUUGCCAUGAUGCCAGUUAAGGGAGUUACCGGAAAGCAUCCCUCCAAGCUGAGCUUCUCCUGGCGCAACAUUCGCACUUGUUUCUGUGUGGCUUUCAUAGCCUCCAGUUUGGUUAACUUUUCCCUGUCGUUGUUUAAGGUUUUGAACAAUCCGAUUAGCUUCAAUAGCAUCAAGCCCCUGAUCUUCAGGAGUUCAGUUCUACUUGUUUUACUUGUCUCAUUGAAUCUGGCCAGGCAUUGGCCCCAACUGAUGAUGUACUGGCACUCGGUGGAGCAGGACUUGCCGCAAUACAAGUCCCAGGCAGGCAGGGUGAAGAUGGGCCACACCAUAUCAAUGGUGAUGCUGGUGGGGAUGAUGCUCUCCCUGGCUGAGCAUAUUCUGAGCAUGGUAUCGGCUAUUAACUAUGCCUCAUAUUGCAAUCGCACCGCCGAUCCUAUCCAGAACUAUUUUAUCCGCACCAACGACGAAAUCUUCUUUGUGACCAGCUACUCCACUCCGUUGGCCAUUUGGGGCAAGUUUCAGAACGUCUAUGCCACCUUCAUAUGGAACUACAUGGACAUGUUCGUGAUGAUUGUCAGCAUUGGAUUGGCCUCCAAAUUCCGGCAGCUCAACGAUGACUUACGGAAUUUUAAGGGAAUGAACAUGGCACCUAGCUACUGGUCGGAAAGACGCAUUCAGUACAGAAAUAUUUGCAUUCUUUGCGAACGUAUGGAUAACGCUAUAUCCCUGAUAACAAUGGUAUCCUUUUCCAACAACUUGUACUUCAUAUGCGUUCAGCUACUGAGAAGUUUAAACACCAUGCCUUCGGUGGCCCAUGCCGUGUACUUCUACUUUUCUCUCAUUUUCCUCAUUGGCCGUACUUUGGCGGUAUCCCUGUACUCCGCCAGUGUCCACGAUGAAUCCAGGCUAACAUUACGGUAUUUAAGAUGUGUGCCCAAGGAGUCCUGGUGUCCGGAAGUAAAGCGAUUUACCGAGGAAGUUAUAAGCGAUGAGGUGGCUCUGACGGGCUUGAAGUUUUUCCAUCUCACAAGGAAGUUGGUCUUGAGUGUUGCUGGUACUAUUGUAACAUAUGAGCUGGUGCUCAUCCAAUUCCACGAGGACAACGACCUGUGGGACUGCGAUCAGAGCUACUACUCCUAGUUAUUCUCAUUAUCC